AUGGUGAUAGACUACGUGUGUGUGUGCUACGGAAUGUGCUACAAACCAAAAGACUUAGAGGCUUGGCACAAGCUUUCCAACACCAACAGGACUGAAAAGAAUGUGUUCCAGAGAAAUCCCUUCUUUAUGUUCUACUUGACGUUUGUUUUAUAUUUAGUGACGGCACUCUUUGGCACCACAGCUAACAUAUUGGUCAUCGUCGGUUUGCUGUGGAUAAUGAAGGACAAGUCUGUGGUCAAUCGGUUUGUGGUCAGUCUGGCCGCGGCUGAUCUCUUCCUGUCCGUGAUUAUCACACCUGUCAAGUUACUUUACUUGAUGGAGGUGAUGAAAUACAUGAGGAUAACCUGGCUCUGUAAAAUCUUGUUGCACCUGCGCCAGAUGGCUCAGGCGGAAGCCAUUGUCAUUCUUACCAUUAUAGCAUUCGAGAGAUACUACGCUAUCUGCCACCCUCUGAAGGCCAAGUUUCGUUGCUCAAUGAGGCGAUGUCACAUCUUGAUAUUGAUCUCAUGGGUUGCCUCCCUUAUCAUGACCUUGCCAACUGUCCUGGCAGCGGUGAUCAGAACAAUGAUUGGUCUGCUGAUUGUGUUUAUAGUCUGCUGGGGACCUAGACUGAGCUACAACGUUAUCAACGUAUUUUACUUGGGCAUGCUACCUAUAACGAGAUACUACGCGGACAUGUUGGUGGAGUUGUUGGCUAACACCCACAGUCUGGUUAACCCAGUCAUGUUCAUCCUGUUCUCGCAGUAA